AUGUAUGAACGUCAAAGAGUGUGGCGCGCUUGCCAAGCGUGUCGUCGCAAGAAAGUCAAAUGCGACGGGCAACAUCCAUGUCAGAGUUGUACACGCAACAAUGGCGAGUGUGUGUUUGAGGCGUAUAGCAAUAUGAGGCUAAUGGACCCACAAUAUGUCAAGAAAUUAGAAAAUCGCAUCUCUCAGAUGGAAACUGAGAUGAAGAAACAUCAUUCUGACCGGGAUCUCAGAGUUGAAGAAUCAGUACAAAGCUCUGCAGACUCUCCAACGGCAAAUCCUGGCUUCAGUGAAGAAGAUAUUCAAGAUGACGCCCAGCCGACGCCCGGUGCAUCUGACCCAUCUACUGACUUUCUACUAUGUGCUCCCUCAAUCGAUGCAGCCGCCCAGGUACCAGAAAACCUGCCAGCAUACGUGUCUCAUGGAGCUGAUGAUAACUCAAACUUUGUAAUGGAGAACGAAUUCGACGAUUCCAACGCCCAAAGGAAUGCGCGAGCAAUAUCAGAGCCCACCAAAGUUGAUGUAACGCAGUUAGAGGAGCCCAUAUUAGAAGUCUUGAUUGAUUUGUUCUAUCGCUCUAUCUACCCAAUUUGCCCUAUCAUUCACAGUCAAAAUUUUAGGUCUCAAUAUGACCACUGGCUUGCUGCACGGCGGGGAGAUAAUAGCUAUGAGGGAAAUGAUGAUGAUUUCCCCUGUUUAUUAUACGCCUUGCUCGCAGUGGCUGCCUCGAUGCUUCCCAAAACUCACGCUGUCUUUGAGCGGCCAGGUCUGCAAAUUUACAAAUCAGUAGACUUGGCAGACUUGCUUCACUCGCAAGCAACCAGACUUGAUCCCAGACGGCCACGCGACAGAAAUGCCAUAUUUCCCACAAAUCCUAUCGUUUCACAGGGCCUUCUCAGCAUAUACCUCACAGAAAAUGGCCGCGUUAAUGAUGCAUGGGUUACUGUCGGUCAUGCAAUACGGCUGUAUCAAGGCCUAGAUCUUGAUCAGUUCGAGGAUUCAGCAGCAGAAGAUACUCGGAACGAGCACAAGAAGCUCUGGUGGUGCCUAUACAUUCUUGAUCGUUCUCUCUCGACGGCGUUACUCAAACCUCUUGCCAUAGACGAUGCAGACAGCGACGUCGAGUCCUUUUCCGAGGAAAAUAAAAUACCAUCAACAGACUCAAGAACGGAUCCUUGGUUCUCUGUUGUCGCAGACUUCCACGUCACCAUGGGUCGAAUAUACAGAUCCGUGCGACGGAUUCGAAAAUCAGAGCCUUCCAAAAGCGCAAAGCUGAGAGACUCACUCAAGUCACACGUGCAACAACAUGACGCAGAGCUGGAGAAAUACUACAGAACUCAAGUCUUACCAAAGAUAGAGGAACCCAAUCGCCAGAUAGGACCUCUUGCACUACAAACCAUCGCCAUCUCAUCAUAUUAUAUCGGCAUUGUUCUCCUAUACAGAGCAUUUAUCGAACGCCACAAUAUCACAGAGCCAGAAAUAUUUCUCCGAUGUGUUGAGGCCGCCUCGAACUGCAUCAAAGUUACUCCUCAAGUCAUCGCCACCGUUCCUGCUAGUCACUUUGUCAUCCAGCAGAGUCGAGCAAUAUAUGCAAGCACCAGAGUUCUUCUACACUGUAUGCGUCUUGCUCAAAAUCCACGCUUUACAAAUAAAGCGUGGUCUGAGGUUGAAAAUGGCUUCAAUAUGCUGCGAGAUAUUAAGAUCCAGUGGCCUGAGAUCAAGAAGUAUCAGACUCUUACCGCGGCGGAUAUGCAUGCCACGCAAAGUGAACUGAACAAGCAUGCUUUGUUCUACCAAACCUUUGAUCGGUAUGGGCAAACUUCGCACGCAAGACUCGAUGUACAUGAAGUAUCGCCGACUUUGCAGAUUGACCAAGCUCGCAAUAAAGAGGCAUCUAGACACCUGAAUCUAGAUUCAAACGUUCGCGAUGAAGGUCCAAACAAUUCGCCACCUAAGCGACGAAUAUGCCAUUCAACACCUGGCCUGGAAUAUGAUGAUAUGCAGCCCAAUCCAAAGCGUCAAAGAUUGACUCCAGAGUCCUUCUUUCCAUGUGAUCCGACAGCUAUCUUGGAAAUGCUGCCAGAUCUUGGGGGGCAUCAAGAUUAUCACGAGAAUCACUCUUUAUCAAUGAAUGUCGAGUUUUCCGACAUUCCUCUAUCCCUACUAGGUGAUCAUCUCACCGCGGAUCCCUUAGGUGAUUCAACACUGUUGAAUUCUAUCGAACAAUUCAUGUCUUAUCCCAGUGACUGA